UUUCUGAAAAAUUAAAAAAAAAAAACAAGGACAGCCGCUCGUGCAAAUUAUAUGUAGUUAAAAUAAUAAAUGUUGCAAACUUUUGGCACAUAUCUGUGCGCUUCCUGCAGCUACCCAGAUCCGUUAGACGCAAAAGAUCUGCGAACCUCGUUCAGAGAGCUUAGCGACGAAAACAACCACACACAGCAACGGUCAAGUCGAUACUGAUUAGCGAUUUGUUCUUACAGAUUUAACAAUUAGCGAGCACACACAGAGUAUUUUUGUAUAAGUCGAAAAAUUUCUGAGAACGAGCUAGGCAAUAACCUCAGCUCACUCACCCAAGCUCAGUCAGUUUGUAAGUGUCGGUUGAGCAAUUGCGACGAUGGCCAAUUUCUGUUGGAUUCGAAAUCUGGCCAUACUUUUGAUAUUGGCGAAUUGUUUGGCACUCGCGCUGCUGUUACAGUUGCCGGCACUGAAUAGUUUUACCUCACUCGCGGAACGUAUGCGUAUUUACGAAACGAUGCGCGCCAACAUAUUGGAGAAGGAGGCACAGGGACAACUCGGUGGAAACGUGUGGCUUAACGCUAAUGAAAGAGUGGUCAAUGAGCUGAUUAUGUUGGAGAAGAAAUAUGAAUUAGAGAUGAGUAUGAAAAAUCUAAGUCACUUUCAGGUGGCGCAACACUUUUUCCACUCAUAUGAGAAAAUUAGCAAAACGCCGCUCUUUCGGCUCUUGCAAGCUAUGCCAAAGGGCGGCGUUUUGCAUGCUCACGAUAUGGCGCUAUGUAGCAGUGAUUACUUGCUAUCGCUGACAUAUCGUGAGCACUUAUGGAUUUGUGUAUCUCAAACUGAGACAAACGAGUACGAGAAAUUGCGCUUCUCUUUGUUGCAACCGCAGCGCGAACAGACUUGUGAGUGGUUGCUUUUGAGUGAUCUGCGACGAAGCCAGCAGAGUGAUGUUGUUGAUAAAAAGUUACUGGCGCGAUUGACUAUGUACCCGCGGUUGCACUUUCAAAAUGAGGAUGCAGUAUGGAGGCAUUUUCGUAGCAUAUUCCGGCUUGUUAUUGGGCUGUUGACUUAUGCGCCUAUAUGGGAGGAGUACAUAUAUAGAGCGUUGCAGGAAUUCCAUGCAGAUGGCGUGCAGUAUCUGGAAAUACGAUCUGUGUUGCCAAUAUUGUACGAUCUGGUUGGCGGCAACUAUACUAUUUUGAAUACGACAUUCGCAAUGCGCAAUGCUGGGUUACGUUUUCGCGCGUCGUUUCCUGACUGGAUUGGUUCGCGUCUGAUCUAUGCACCUACGCGAAAAGUUAGCGACGCUCGUUUUGUCGAGUAUUUGGGCAAUGCGCUAUUGCUAAAGUCUCACUUCCCUGACUACUUUGCUGGCUUCGAUUUGGUUGGUUACGAGGAUGAAGGUCGGCCGUUGCGCGAUUACGCUCGUGAAUUACUUGCUGUACAAGAUGAAAUUAACUUCUAUUUUCAUGCCGGCGAAACAAAUUGGUACGGCACAAAUACCGAUGCAAAUCUUCUCGACGCUGUACUACUCGGCACGAAACGCAUUGGUCACGGUCUGGCGCUGCUAAAGCAUCCUGAGGUGCUGCGUUUAGCGCGCUCACAAAAUAUUGCCAUUGAAGUGAAUCCGAUAUCCAAUCAGGUGUUGCAGUAUGUUAGCGAUUUGCGUACACAUCCCGGUGCAGUGCUUUUUGCGUCUAAUUAUCCGGUUGUAAUUGCUUCGGAUGAUCCAUCGUUUUGGAAAGCCACGCCGCUGUCGCAUGACUUCUAUGUGGCAUUCAUGGUGAUUGCGUCGCAGAAAUCAGAUCUUGGCAUGUUGAAGCAAUUGGCUUGGAACUCCAUUGCUUACGGUGCAUUUCGGCCGAUUGAGAGGGAGGAAGCAUUUGAAAAAUGGAAUUAUAGGUGGGAGAAAUGGAUUGCCGGCAUUGUUGAGUCUUGAUUGAAUUGCACAUACAAAAUGUAUAUCUCGUAAAAAUAUUAAAUUUCGUAGUUUGCAAGUUACGGUGAUGAUCACAAAUAAAAUUGUAUUGGUGUUGUCUUGGUCAAA